UCUUGGCAUCUUGAGAUGGCUUCUCCCUCUAGACAGCCCCCACUUGGGGGGUCAGCGCUGUUGCAUGGGAGCCGCGCUCGUUCUUAUGGAAGCCUGGUCCAAUCAUCGUGCUCCCCGGUGAGGGAGAGACGCUUGGAGCAUCAGCUGGAGCCUGGAGACACCCUGGCUGGACUAGCACUCAAAUACGGGGUGACGAUGGAACAGAUUAAGCGUACAAAUCGCCUUUAUACUAACGACUCCAUCUUCCUGAAGAAAACGCUCUACAUCCCCAUCCUGACAGAGCCCAGAGACCUAUUUAAUGGCUUGGAUUCUGAGGAGGAAGAUGAUGGGGAGGAAGGGGUACAAGCAAGUAGGGAUGGCGUUGGUUCACAUUCAUCGAAGAAGAGUCAAGAGCCAGGUUCAGGCCGCGCCAACGGCGAAGCCCUUCCGCCUCACCAGGGAACCUCCACACCCACGCAUGACCUUUCUGCCUCCGAUUUCCUUAAGAAACUCGACUCACAGAUCAGCUUGUCCAAGAAGGCUGCUGCCCAGAAGCUGAGGAAAGGGGAAAGUGGGUUACCUGAGGAGGGUGCAGAGCUCCACCUCAGCUCCCCUAGGAUGCAGCAGCGAGCAGUCCUCGGUCCCGUGCCACUGACCCGGACCUCUCGGACCCAGACAUUGCGGGAUCAGGAAGAUGAAAUCUUCAAACUCUGAUCAGUUUCCAGAGCUGAUGAGAUGCAGGAUGCUGAAGGAGCAGCUGAGGGGAGAGGGGCCUGAGCUGAGGCUCGAGCAGAGCUUCCCAGACUGCCUCCCUCCUCUCCAGACAUCUUGCCCAGCCUUUUGGUCAAGACUUCCUCAGCUGGGGACACUUUCUGGCAAGAGCAGGGCAUGGGAACAGAGCUCUUCCCAGUUCUGAAUCUAGAGUUGUCCUUUAGAUUCAAAGGCUCCUUUACACCCUUGCUGUCCCUUUCACCAUUUCAGGGUUAGAGCAGGACAGCAGAGCCCCCCCCCGUUUCUAAUGAUGUUACCUAAUUUAUUUGGUGCUAUAUUGAAGUAAUAUUUAUUUGCUAGAUCUAACUCCUUCCUCCUCUUAACUGAGAAACGUGAUUUCUGUAUCACUGAAGAGAUGGGAACCCAGGGUGGUGAGUGGGGCUGGCUGCCUGUCUUUCCCACCUCCCUAGCCGAGCAUGUUACAGAGGCCAGGAGAGUCAGGGAAACCCACCCACUGUCUUUUCCCGCUCUCAAGGUAAAGGAUAGGGCUCGGUCAUAGCUGAGCAGUCCCUGUAACUCUCUACAGCCCUUGGCUCUGAGAAGAAGCCAUGGGGUAGGGCACUGACUGAGCCCUGCAGUCCUCACUUCCCCCUUCUUCCACUCUUCUGCUUGGCCUGUGGUGGGGUUCAGAGGAGGCAGCUGUGGAACAGGCCCCCAGCCUGCCUAUGCCUUGUUCCUCAUGGCAUAUUUAUCUGUAAUCUGUAGCCCCGAUCUGCCAUACAGUGGUGUCUUUUGUCCCUUAAGCUGAAGAAAGCAUGGCAGCUCAGUACUACUGGGAGUCUCCCAACUCCUGUUCAGGAAUGGGGAACGACGAGAUGAGUGUUGUUUCUAGACCCUUCUAUGUUGUCAAGUCUGAGUACGGAGCUAGAGAUUAAACAGUGAGCCCUG